UCAGUAGCCUGUCCAUCUCCAGUCCAGAUCCCUACUCAAGUGUGUGACAGAAAAUACACAGCAGGAUGUCAACUUUAAAGGAGAUAUGCAAUGGUUUACCGCUGGACCCUUUGCCUCCUAACCGGGGAAGAGACCCUAAUGUGCCACAUGCACCUGUCCGGACCCCAAACCUUACAGCAGAGGAGGAGCGGCUGGCACUGAGAAAUGCUUUGCGUUAUUUCCCCCCCUCCCACCACGCAGAACUUGCACCUGAAUUUGCUCAAGAGCUGCGGCAGUACGGGCACAUCUACAUGUACCGCUUCUGCCCCACGUUACGCUUGAGAGCAUACCCCAUAGAUCAGUACCCAUGCCGCACACGUCAAGCAGCCUCAAUAAUGCUCAUGAUCAUGAACAACCUGGACCCAGCAGUUGCUCAGUUUCCCCAGGAGCUCGUCACCUAUGGAGGGAAUGGACAGGUGUUCAGUAACUGGGCCCAAUUCUGCCUCGUGAUGCAUUACCUGAGUGAGAUGACAGAGGAGCAGACUCUGGUCAUGUACAGCGGUCAUCCCAUGGGCCUGUUCCCCAGCCUGCCUUCCUCACCUCGUGCCAUCAUCACCAACGGCAUGGUUAUUCCAAAUUACUCCUCCAGAGAGACUUAUGAGAAGAUGUUUGCUCUCGGUGUGUCAAUGUACGGUCAAAUGACAGCUGGCAGCUACUGCUACAUUGGGCCUCAAGGGAUUGUUCAUGGCACUAUGCUGACUGUGCUGAAUGCGGGCCGGAGGUACCUGGGCUCUGAUGACUUGAGGGGUCGUGUCCUUGUGACUUCUGGCCUGGGGGGCAUGAGUGGAGCUCAGGCUAAAGCUGCCGUCAUUGCCGGUUGUAUUGGUGUGAUUGCAGAGGUGGACGAGGCUCCUCUAAGAAAGAGACACGAGCAGGGCUGGCUGAUGGAGGUCACAAGUAGUUUGGAUCAAUGCAUUAAACGCAUCAGAGAGGCCAGGAGCUCAAAGACUCCCCUCAGUCUGGGUUACCAUGGCAACAUUGUAGAUUUAUGGGAGAGGCUGCUGUUGGAGUAUGAGAGGACAGGUGAGUGCCUGGUGGAUAUGGGUUCAGACCAGACCUCCCUUCACAACCCAUUCAAUGGGGGCUACUAUCCGGUCCAGCUCAGCUACCAACAGGCCAAUCAGCUCAUGUCCACUGAUCCCAACCGUUUCCGCACUAUGGUCCAAGAAAGCCUCCAAAGACAUGUUAAGGCCAUCAACAAGCUGUCUGAUGCAGGUAUGUUCUUUUGGGACUAUGGCAACGCAUUUCUCCUGGAGGCCCAGAGAGCCAGAGCAGAGGUAGAAAAGAUUGGUGGAAGACCAACAGAAUUCCGUUACCCUUCUUAUGUCCAGCACAUUAUGGGAGACAUUUUCUCUUUGGGUUUCGGGCCUUUCCGCUGGGUGUGCACAUCUGGCAACCCCCAAGAUCUCACUGUAACUGACAACAUUGCUGCUACCAUCCUGGAGGAAAUCAGUGCCAAUGUGUCUGAUCGCAUUAGACAGCAGUACAAUGACAACAUCCGCUGGAUCAGAGAGGCUGGAAAACACAAAAUGGUUGUGGGAUCCCAAGCCAGAAUCCUCUACUCUGACCAGAAAGGAAGAGUCUCCAUUGCUUUGGCUAUCAACCAGGCUGUCGCAGAUGGAAAAGUUUCAGCUCCUGUGGUAAUUAGCAGAGACCAUCAUGACGUUAGUGGCACAGACAGCCCCUUCAGAGAGACCUCUAAUGUGUAUGAUGGGUCUGCCUUCUGUGCAGACAUGGCGGUCCAGAACUUCGUUGGUGAUGCAUUCAGGGGCGCUACAUGGGUUGCCCUGCAUAACGGCGGCGGUGUUGGCUGGGGCGAGGUAACAAAUGGGGGAUUUGGUUUGUUAUUGGAUGGCUCAGAGGGGGCAGCAAAGCGUGCCACUCUGAUGCUCAACUGGGACGUCUCUAAUGGGGUGGCUCGUCGCUGCUGGUCGGGAAACUCGAAUGCAUAUGAGACCAUCCAGCGCACCAUGGAGGAGCACAGGCAGCUGCGUGUCACCAUGCCUUUCCCUGUAAAGGAUGAGCAUGUGCUGGACCGUGCCCUGCAGGGCUAGCCAACACUUCAGCUUAUGUUACAGAAACAGUCAGCUACAGACACACAACAAAGGAAACUUGCAGCUGCAGCUGACACCUGAUGCAACAGCUGAAAUGACUACUAGAAAUCAACCACAAAGACAACUCAAAAUACUGAAAAUCUGUCUAAAUCUAAAUAUUUGGUCAGUACUAGUUAACCAAUCAGUGCCAGUGAUGUUACAUAUUGUAUGUUGUCUUCCAUACAUACGCAGAAUGCACACAGAAGCUUCAUUAUUGUGAUAGGCUGUUUUAAUAGUUUAAUCUGCUUGAAUAUGUUCUUUGUGUUAUUGUGCUGAAAAUUAAACUGCAAGUUUGUUUAAAUUAUAAAA